AUGGCUUUUAGAAUGGGCAGUUCAAGUUCAAAGAGUGUGAAUAAAAGUGGAAAUAUGAGGAUUGAUGGAACCAACAGUAACUUCACAGCAGGAAAAAGGUUGUGUGUGCUCAUUGUGGAUGAUGACCCUGUAAUUCAAAGAAUCCAUAGUGUGUUAUUACGUAGAUUUGGAUUGGAAACCCAAGUAGUGGGAAAUGGGAAAGAAGUUGUUGAUUUGUAUCGCUCAGGGGCAUCAUUCCAUUUGGUCCUUGUGGACAUGGAAAUGCCAAUCAUGGAUGGUCCAAAGGCAACAAGGGAGCUUCGUGCCAUGGGAGUGAAUAGCAUGAUUGUUGGGAUGACUUCACGUGAUCAAGACUCAGAGAAGCUUGCAUUCAUGGCAGCUGGUUUGGAUGAUUGUCAUGCGAAACCGUUGACUGUUGAUACAAUUACUUCCCUUCUACAAGAGCUUAACAAGAAACAUUGA